CUGAUUCACUGACUGAUUCACUGACUGAUUCACUGACUGAUUCACUGGCUGACUGACUGACUAACUGACUGACAGGCUGGCUGGAGAUAGAUACCUAUAAAACAGGACCCAGCAGUCCGAUUGUCAUGUCUGUUCAAGUCUUGGAAUCAACCAGGCCUUUCUCCGGUUUCCAGUCUUUCGUUUUUUGGAGUCAACCAGGCCUUCUUUUUUCUGGUUUCCAGUCCUUCGUUCAAUUUUCUUUUUGUUCCGAACUCACAAAGACCAAGACAAAUACAAAUAAAUAUUCUCAUCAUGACUCAACGAAACCAAUUUUCCCUCCGAGCCGUGCUCACCGGACUUUUGGUGGCACCAGCUUGCGUGACCGCCGCCCCGAAUGGCACCCUCCACCUUCUGGCCAAGGCGGCGGGCAAACUUUACUUUGGGACUGCGAUCGAUAACCCCGAAAUCCUUGAUCAAAGUUACCGGGCAGUUGUCAGCGAUGCGUCGGAUUUUGGACAAAUUACAGUGGGAAACACGCAAAAGUGGCAGUACACCGAGCCUCAGCAAAAUCAGUUCGACUUCUCAGCUGGAGAUGUCCUUGUCGAUUUUGCCCAGUCCAACAAGCAACUUCUUCGCUGCCACACCCUUGUCUGGUACAAUCAGCUUGCUCCAUGGGUGUCAUCGGGAAAUUGGGACCGCGACUCGCUCACACGCGUCAUCCAAACGCACAUCAGCAACUUGGCGGGACAUUACAAGGGCAGAUGCUAUGCUUGGGACGUGGUCAACGAGGCGCUGAAUGACGACGGAACCUACCGAGACUCGGUGUUCCACCGCGUUUUGGGCACGGAUUACAUCCCCAUCGCCUUCAAGGCCGCCGCACUUGCCGACCCGGACGCCAAACUUUACUACAAUGACUACAAUAUCGAGCAGGCUGGUGUCAAACAACAGGCGGCGCUCAAGAUUGUUGAUCUGAUCAAAAGCAGUGGCGCCACUAUCCAUGGCGUUGGCCUUCAGGGUCAUUUUGUUGUCGGUGGGACGGGCAGCAAGGAAUCUCUUGCUUCGGUCCUCAACUGUUUCGUCGCCAAGGAUGUCGACGUCGCUUACACCGAAAUAGAUAUCCGCCACUCGACCCUUCCGGCAGACGCACAAGCCCAACAGCGCCAGGCAGACGACUACGCCUCCGUGGUCGGUGCUUGUUUGUCGGUGCAGCGCUGCGUCGGCAUCACAGUCUGGGGUGCAUCCGACGCCCACAGCUGGAUUCCGAGUACCUUCCCUGGCGCAGGUGACGCCACGCUGCUAGACAAAAACAUGAACCCCAAGCCGGCAUACAACAGGGUCCGAGAUGUGUUGGCUGCUGCCGGUCGUGGCAGGAAGCGAUCUCCGAGAGUCGCUUUCUGAACCUUUCGCAACAGAGAAGAGAGAUACGUGGACUACCUGGGGUUUGUAACACGGUAGACACGUCAGGUUCUUUUUCUUCUUUUUUUUGUUUUGUUUAGUUUUUGGCUCGCCACAAGGUGCGAUAGCUCUGUCUGCCGGCGGACCUUUUUAUUCCCCCCCCC